AUGGCUACAGCAAUUCCGAAUGCGAGUGCGGCGUCGUGCGAGCUUCCGCCAGAGGUUGUUGCGUGCUUGAAGAAUGCAAGAUAUCUUCACCUCGCCACCUCUGACGGUCUCUGGCCCCACGUCUCCCUAAUGAACUACACCUAUCUCCCCACCACCCCCUACCGCCUUCCGCCCAACAACAUCCGCUCCAGCACCUCCACCUCCGGCCCCGUCAUCGUAAUGACCACCCACCCCGGCACCAAAAAGACGCUCAAUCUCACCACGAACCCCCGCGUCUCCCUCCUCGUCCACGACUGGGUCUCGCACCGCCCAUCAAUAUCCUCCACGAACCCCUUCUCCACCUCGCCCACGCUCACCACCCACGCGUUCCCCACCGCCGCCGCCGAACAGCCACCCCAGCCGUCGUCGUUAUCGGCGUUCCUGACGAACCUGAAUUCUGCGGCGCUGAGCUCGAUCUCGGCGACGUUGAAUGGCUAUGCACACUUGAUCCCGCAGGGGUCUGAGGAGGAGGAGUACUAUCGCCGCGUGCACAUGGAGAACAACCCGCAGAGCGAAAAUAGGUGCUAUCUGGAGGGCGAGGAGGUGAGGGUUGUGGUGGUCAGAAUUGGGUGGGCGAGGGUCGCGGAUUAUAGGGGUGGUGUGACAGACUGGAGGGCGAGUGAUGAGGAGGAGGUGGAGGGAGGUGAUGAUGGUGGGAUGGGGGCGGAGGUGCAUACUGGGGUGGGAAUUGUGAAUGGGGCGUAA